AGCAGUGUCGCCUGCAGACUUUCGCUGGGAACGGUUGCCACGCUAGGGGUGCAGGAACUGAGACUGGGCAUUAAGAUCUACCGGUUUCUUUUAAGAUCGCAUUGAAACUGAUUUUCUUUAGUCCUAGACUUAUUCAGGUCUCCAGCUCUCAAGUCUUUAGUUGGAAACACCUGUGGUUCCAUAAAGUUCCCAGCCUGCCCAAAGUCUACCUGAAGAUCCACCAUGAUGCAGAUUAACAACGAUUUCUCCAACCACAAGCACUCCCUCCUCAAUGUGAUGAAUCGCUUCAUCGCUGCAGCCAAUAACAUGGAUGAGACGAUAAUGGUGCCUAACCUACUGCGGGAUGUCCCACUAGAGGAGCAAGACAGCCCUGUCCUGGUGGUUGACAACAACAACAGCAUUGAGCCGUCUGACCCCGGCAAGCAGAAAGAUAUGUAUGAACACUACCUUCUACUUAAAUCCAUUAAGAAUGACAUGGAGUGGGGUCUCUUGAAGCGUGAGAUGAGCGGGGGACCCAGCUUUCUGGAGAUGGCUGUCAAGCAGGAGGAGGAACAAUCGAAGGCGGUCGGGGUGGUGCCAUGCAAUGAGACCUUGGACCUGGAGAGCCAGUUCCACUAUCACCUGCGAGGGCUGUUUGGGGUCCUUUCCAAACUCACCCUACAAGCAGACCAUCUCACCAAUCGCUACAAGAGGGAGAUCGGGGGUGCCAACUUCAUGAGAUAGGGGAGGUCUGUCCUAUUUGGGAUGAACACUCUUUACAUUUCUGCUGUUCAGCACUGAGGAGGUGUGCAGUGCACUGAAGUGGGCAGAUGCAAAAUGGUCUCUCGCCUCUCUUCACAACAUGCAAUGGGCCAUGAACUGAAUAGAAUAACUAACAUGUUAAUGCAUCCCACCAAUCCUGUUUGGGUUAGCCCUGCCCCACUUGUUGCCUCAAACUGUCACAUCCAACAAAUCAGGCCUGCAAACUUCGACUUGGAAGACCAUGGAAGUAAAAUAUAGAUCUGGCGGAAUCUUCCACAAUUUCCCAACUGAGAUGUAUGGGAGGCCUUAACAUAGGUUUAAAAUUUAAACUUUUUUUUUUUUUUUUUUCUCCUCCCCCAAACCCAGAACCAGAACUAAAAUUGAACACUGAAUGGCACAUACUGUUGGCACAAAAAGAUUGUGUACUAAAUUCAUUGGGAUAGAUUUCACUCAAGACAAGUAUUUCAGUAAAAAAAAAAAAGCAAGGGUUGGACCCCACAGAUGGACCCCACAGAUGAUCUGACGUGCUGCAAUCCCGGCUGCAUCAGAGCCCAGAUUUUUCAUUUUCAAAUAGAUUUGGGGAGUUACAAUCAGUUCAGUACUGUGCUCUGUCUGUGCAUAUGCUGACAAUUACUUUGUCCUUGGGGUUUUUCUGGGGAAUGGGAGUUUAUUCUCUCUGAGGCAGCUGUAAACUGUAUCUUCUCACUCCUGGUUAAUGCUGUCAAAGACCAAAAUAAACACAACAAAAAUUUUCUGUU